CCGGACUGCAGGCCAUAAAGUCCUCCAGCCCGCGUCUACAGCCCACACACUGAAUCCUCUCCCACCUACCAAAAUCCACUGAAUGGCCGACGCGCUCAAAGACCAGGGCAACAAGGCCUUCCAGGCCAAAGACUACGAUAAGGCGAUCGACCUCUUCUCCCAGGCGAUCGCCAUCGACCCAAAUAACCAUGUACUGUUCUCGAACCGAAGCGCAGCGAAGGCGGGGAAGCGUCAGUACUCAGCAGCGCUCGAGGAUGCUGAGCAGUGCAUCAAGAUCAACCCCGCAUGGUCGAAGGGGUACGCGCGUAAGGGUGCUGCCCUCCAUGGCAUCCGCCGCUACGACGAUGCCAUCGCUGCGUACGAGAGUGGUCUCAAGCUCGAGGACAGCCCAGCGCUGAAGAAGGGUCUGCAGGAGGUCAAGGACGCGAAAGCGGCUGACGAGCGCGGAGACGGCGGAGACGCGCUCGGCCUGGGCAAGAUGUUCGGUGACCCGAACCUCUUCGGCAAGCUCGCCGGGAACCCUCGCACCGCCAAGCACCUCGCGGACCCCGCCUUCGUGCAGCAGCUCCGGACGGUCCAGGCGAACCCCGGCCUCGCGCAGAAUGCGCUCAACGACCCGCGCAUGAUUGACGUCCUCGGCGCGCUCAUGGGCAUCGACAUGCAGGGCUUCUCGCGCGAGGAGGGCUCGGACGAGCUCCCGCCUGGCGUCACAAAGGCCGAGCCGGAGCCCGCGAAACCGGCGGCACCCCCACCGCAACCCGCCGCGUCGUCGAGCAAGUCGCCGGAGCCGCCGAAGACGCAGGACGUGGAGAUGGCGGAGCCUGACGACGAGGACGCGGAUGAGGCGAAGGCGAGGAAGGAGGCAGAGGCAGAGAAGAAGCUCGGUGCGGAGGCAUACAAGGCGAAGAAGCUGGACGAGGCCGCUGUACACUUCCAGAAGGCUUGGGAUACCUGGCCGAAGGACAUCACAUUCCUCACUAACCUCGCAGCCGCGUACUUCGAACAGGGCGAGUACGACAAAUGUAUCGAGGCAUGUGACAAGGCCGUCGACGAGGGCCGCUCUCUGCGCGCCGACUACAAGCUGGUCGCGAAGGCGCUCGGACGCACGGGCAACGCGUACGCGAAGAAGGGCGACCUAAUCACCGCGAUCAAGUUCUACAACAAGUCGCUCACGGAGCACCGCACGCCGGACGUCCUCACGAAGCUGCGCGAAACGGAGCGCGCGCAGGCGGAGGCGGCGCGGCUCGCAUACAUCGACCCGGAGAAGGCGGCGGAGGCGCGCGAGGAGGGCAACGCGCUCUUCCACAAGGGCGACUUUGCGGGCGCGGUCAAGGCGUACACGGAGGCGAUCAAGCGCGCGCCGACCGACCCGCGCGGGUACAACAACCGCGCGAACGCGUACACGAAGCUCGCCGCGUUCCCCGAGGCACUCAAGGACGCGGAGGAGGCGAUCAAGGUCGACCCGGCGUUCGUGAAGGCGUACAUCCGCAAGAGCCACGUCCUCUUCGCGAUGCGCGACUACACAAAGGCGAUCGAGGCGGCCCAGCACGCGGCGGAUGUGGACACGGAGAAGAAGCAUGCGAAGGAGAUCAAGGACCUCAUGACGAAGUGCGAAAUGGAGCUGUACAGCCAGCGUGCGGAUGAGAGCGAGGAGGAGACGCUCCAGCGGGCGAUGCGGGACCCGGAGAUCGCGAAAAUUAUGGGCGACCCUAUCAUGCAGUCCAUCCUCCAGCAGGCUCAAGCGAGCCCUGCAGCACUGCAGGACCACAUGAAGAACCCGGCCGUGCGCAACAACAUCAUGAAGCUCAUCAACGCAGGAAUCAUCAAGACACGAUAGUCGAGUAGCUGCACGGACUGUACUCUGCAUGGUGCUCUCGGGAAGUUCAUAGUGUUUGUUUUAUCAUACCGUACAAUAUCCUGUAUCUAUAGACACAUCUACAUUGCUUCAUUGUCUCAACAUGAGAGUG